AUGGCUCGAGAGUUCGAUUCACUCGCUCUCAACGGCCACAACUACCCUAUAUGGGCCAUGGACAUCAAGAUCGCCCUUGCGUCCCGUGGAUUAGAACCUACUGAUGCGGAGAAGAUAGAGAAAACUCUGUCGACUAUGCUCCCAUCUGACAGAAUCCUCCAGCAGCAGUACCGUGCUCGCGACUACCAAGUCUAUUCCGAUCUUAUUCAUAUCUUACUUCAGGCUGAAAAGCAUGAUGAGCUACUCGCUAAGAAUGGCUCUCAGCGUCCGGUUGGUUCUCAACCUCUACCUGAAGUUCAUAUGAAUGUCGCGAACGGACGAAAGUUUGAUGGUGGUUUCAAAGGAAAGCCCUCUAACUUCAAUGGUAAGCGAAAGCGCAACCGGAACAGGAAGCCCAGAAACUCAGACCGUGGGAAAGGCACCGCAAAGUCCAAGUUUGACAAAUCUAAGCUUUGCGACAAGUGUGGAUGCUACACGCACCCCACUGACAAGUGCAAGACCCCAAGGCAUCUGGCCAUUCUGUACCAACAAUCCCAUGGACGCAACGCACCUCGAGGGAAAAGGUUUGAAGCCAACUUCAACCUUCAUCCAGAUGGCACCGAUGGAGCUGGCUGUUCGCAAGACGUUCCCUCGGGACCAAGCAACGCCGUUACUCUCCUUCCAUCAAAGGACCCUGCAGGAACGGAGGACAUGAUGGUUGAGUACACCUCAACCGACGUGUUUGGAGACUUCGACUAG